AAAACAAAACCGAAAGUUUCGUCCUCGAGUUGUCAUUCCCACUUUGAACUUUUCACUAAAACAUCAUGGCGGAGAGCUCUCAGUUCACCGAGGGAGACUACUAUCAGGCGUUUUUUAACUCAAGAGCCUACAUUAAUAAUUUUUAUCAUCGUCCAGAAGGUCACUCGGAUGAAAAGGAAUAUCUUAGUUUUGUUUUAGGAUGCCUGAGCAAGACUUUUUUGACUGGCCAGAUCAAAGGGAGGAGGCUGAUUGAAGUGGGAAGCGGGCCGACUAUUCACGCCGUCAUCAGCGCGUGCGAGCACUUCGACGAGCUCGUGCUGUCUGAUUUUACAGACAGGAAUCGCGAAGAAAUCGAGAAAUGGUUAAAGAACGAAGACGGGUGCUUCGACUGGAAGCCCAUCAUCGAAUAUGUGUGUAAACUGGACGGUAAAAGAUCAUCUGAUGUGGAAGUGAAACUCAGACAGCGGGUGAGACGAGUGCUGAAAUGUAACGUCCUCUCAGACAACAUGUUUCAGCCAGAGAUCAUCGAACCUGCAGAGUGUGUGAUAACAUCCCUGUGUCUUGAGGCAGCGUGUAAAGACCUAACAGCGUACAGGGAUGCACUCUGUAGAGUGUCGAAGCUGGUUAGUCCAGGUGGGGCUUUGGUGAUGAUUGGGGUUUUAGGAGAGACCUUCUAUUAUGUUGAUAAAGUCCGCUUCUCUUGCCUGAAACUAAGCAAAGAAACUAUUGAGGAGAUUAUCAGAAACCUAGGCUUCACUCUGCAGAAAUUUGAGGUUUUUCAUGCAGAAGAUCGUGAGAGCAACAAAGUUUCAGAUUUCGAGGCUUUUUUCUGUCUCACCGCUCUGAAGCCUAACAAGUCUCCUUAAGCAUGUCCUAACAUAACCCAACAUAACAUACAUAACAAACAACAAACAUACCAUGAAUGUUUUUUAGUUAAAAAAAAGUAAACAUAACCCCUUGCCUUAUGGGCUUUCAGUAGUAGAUUACUAGAUUUCUGGCAAAUUUAGCUAGCUAACACAACCCCACCAGCAUUAUACAGUAUUACACACCUGGCAUUAAAUAGCUGCUUUUUGUAGCUUAUUAUUUCUAAUAUUUAUUUUAACCUGAGAAUAGCAAGCAAAUCCAAUUAUGAGUAAACAAAAAUGAAUAACAAAUAAUGAUGUCAAAGUGUAUAUCCAAUGCGGUUUAAGACAUCUUUUAGUUCUUAUAUUAGAUUGCGGGAAUAAAAUCUAAAAUUCAUCAAUGCAUAGCCAAUGAAACAGUUAACCUUGAUCUGUAAAUUAUAAGACAAUGGAUAAUGAUAACGUUGGACAAACUAUUAUACGCACAUACUGUUAAGGCAAAAAACAAACUUGAACAUCGACUGAAUUCAGGAUUUUGAAGUAGUUUCUGUAGUCUGUAGUGCCUUACUUUAUCGUUUCACUUGUUCCUGCUGAACACCAGAUAUGUAAGAAAAUUUAUGUUCAACAACUACAAAUGUAAACAUAAAAAAUAUAAUCUGUCACUUUCUGCACUUUUACUUUCUACUCCAAAGCAAUAAAAAAAAUAAAA